AUGCAUGACGAUGACACCUUUGCCGGUGCUGCUUGCAGGAGAGUGACUGGGCUCCCACUCUGUGUGGGGUCCACUUGGCACUCUUCGCCGGCAAUGGUGUUGUCUUGCGGUGGUUCCAGUGGGUUGGUUCGUCCUCGUGCAAGGGUAAGUCGAUGUGUCCUGUCUUUUGUGCCAUUGCUACUUUCACGGUCAUCGACCGUUGCCGCCUUAUCCCCUUUAGUUCCCAACAUAGGUCUGAUCCAUGUUGACAAUGGUGGUUCGUCCUCGUGCAAGGCAACGGUCGGUUCAUCAACAACAAACAGGCAACAGCAAGUCCUUUACUUUCUUUGGUGGUCCUGGUCGUCAACGUCUGUCUCCUCCUUCCUCUCCGAGACAUGCAUGCAUGACGAUGACCUGAUGACGACCUGCCGGUCUUCCUUUGAGCUGCUUCGAGCCUUUGGGUGGUGUCGUCUUUGCGGUGGUUCCGAUGCACAUUCGGACAUUAUUGCCGUUGGUUUUCCCGAGCGUCAGCAAACUCCCAGCCAUCGACUUAACGGAAUAUCCAAAAGACUUAACAGGACUCUACCAACCUUCCAACGGUCAAGUGCACCCCCCCUGGACUUAACGGAACUACCAAACGACUUAGAGUACACUUCGAAGCCUCAUCCUUCACCUCGACCUCAACCGGAUUCCGACGCUGCAGUCUCCCGUCAUCGAUCGUCAUGCAAGCUUCCUUGGAUUAUCCAAAAGACUUAA